AGUCGUUUAGGUGUGUCGUCUCGCGCGCGCGUGUUUUCUCUCGCGAGCUCGUCUUUCUGUCUCUCUCUCUUUCUCGUCCACCGCCAGUGUGCAUUCUCUGCCCGCGCAUAAAUACGUUGUUUCGCUUCUUUCUUUAUGUUCCGCGUUCGUUCGCAAAUAACGUCGCGCGAUACGUUCGCUGUGACCUUGUCGAAAUUUGGAGAAUCGGAUCUUGCGCGCGGGACACUUCGCGCGAGCAUAUAUCUCGGUCUUCCUCCUCUAAAUACGUCGUCACGGGUCCGACAUGCGUAGGAAGACGACGGCCGUGCCGGGAGGAUCGUCGUCGUCGAUCACGCCACGUAUUUCCUGAACCCAAUGUCCGGAAGCUACCCUUGGACCCGGAACCGGCGAAAUGAGAUGUCCGGUAAAGGCCGCACUGUGAGGAGGAUGACGAGAAUCCGCGUCGAAAGUGACGGAGCACCGAUACGUGCAUCGUACCGUGACACGAGAAUGACUCCGCGAAACGAUUAACGACGUUUCAUUGUUGUUUAGUGAGCUUUUCGAUCGCUGCACGAAAAAAUCGAUUAUUAUUGUUCGAGUCUGAGAGACUUUGGCGAGCGGAAGAAAGAACUUUUUGUUUCGAACUUUGUACGAUGUGAUUCAGGGGCGCGAACAUAAAGAAUAAAAUACUUAAAAAAACAAAAAAACAAAACAAAAAGAGACUGACGCGCGGUAACUCGUCACAGUGUGAUCGCGGUAUCGAUUGUGCUCGUAGCAACACUUGCUUGAGUAGUUGCGUAUACGGAACGACAUCGACGCUUUGGAGCUCAGAUCCUCGGUUUACUCAUGUUGGGAGUGCUGAAACGGCGUUGGAAGCCAUCAAAAAGGGCUUCCAGCGGCCGCGGAUCCGACUUGCCCCUCAGCGCGGAUCUGGCACUUGACAAGCCUCGUCCUAUACCGUCUCCAAGACAAAUCCAUCCCCUGUACGGUGAAAAAGCAGGUCUGUUAGGCUACUGCGAUACCGUCGGUAACACAGAGAAUUUUCCACCAGCCCCCAACAUCGUCGUUGAGGGUGGUAGAAUCGAGUUCGUGCGCCCCUCGCAAGAUGGCACACCGACAACCCGGAAGAACACCAUGUCCCGAGCCUCGCAAACCUUCAACGAGCAGCCAGAGAAGUCCGAUCCCGCCAAGGAGAGUCUGGAGGAGCGAGUGCAAGAACUCGAGCAAGCGUUGCUGGCGGAACGCAUCGCGGCUCAACGAGAUCGAGCGACGAUCACGAAGCUACAGCGGCAAAUCAACAAAAGGGAGACGACGCAGCGAGAUGUGGAACGAGAACGUCGACAACGAUUGGAAGCCGAAGCUCGUUUACGCGAGGCUACGGCCGAGGCUGAACGAACUCGCUCGAGAGUUCAUCAUCUUCAGCGAGAGUUGGCCAGAAUGGAGGAGUCGUCGCGGAGUCUGCUGCAACAGAAGCACCGGGCCGAACAGCUGAAGCAGGAGAAAACGGCACUGACACUUUCCUACGAAGCACGCGUGCACCAGUACCAGGCGCAGAUCUCGAAGCUGCAGCUGGAGAACGAGUCGAUGCGAGGUCAGCUGCGGGGCCUCGAGGCAGCGUGCGCCGGUGAAGUUCACGCCGCGCUGGUUGCACGACUGGCGACUCUCGAGACCGAACACGCGGCUCUGGCGCGGGACGCCGAUGCCCAGCGUCGACAGUACGAGCGUUGUCUGGACGACGUUGCCAACCAGGUGGUCCGCGCACUCCUAUCGCAAAAGGGUCUCAGGGAGGAAAUAGGCGCUCUGCAAAGACGUAUACGAGAGCUCGAGGCUCAAAAUCGAACGUUGUCGGGACUCCUGGCACAGGCCGCGAGUCCCACCGGAAGUCCCACCGAACUGAUCCAGGGACUUCUCGAAGCCAGUCCGGCCGCUCUGAUCGCCGCUCUCAGCUUGGACUCAUCCUGGGUUCCUCUCUCGAGACCGCGGUCUCUCAACUUGCAGAUACCCGUGAUGGCGGCUACCAAAUAUCGACGCAGCAAAUCUCUUGCGCAAAAGCCCUCGGAGGAAGAGGGUAGCGAGAGUCCCGAGAGCGGGAACCGCGAUGAGGGUUACUCGACCAUGUCGAGCGACGUUCAGGGUGAGGGUACGCGUCAGGAACCGUCCGCGCGCGGUCUCGAGGAUCUGAAGGAAGCCACCGACGAGACCGAGGCCGACGUGUCGCCGGACGCGCGUCUCGUCGCUCUUGACGCUGGCGAUCCGGACGUGCUCUUUCUACCUCUGAAUCUUACUGUGGGCAUCAAUCCGCGACACAGCUAUCCCCCGAGCAAGGAUCUGUUGCCGUAUCAGCACGUGAUGCGCAGCUUCUCCGACAGCCAUUUGUGUCUCAAGCUCACCACCGCCGCCGCCAAUUUCACCCCGUACAAAUUACCUAGUCCAAUGGGAUCGUCCUCUCUCCUGCUGGUGGAAGAGGACGGCUGGGACGCGGAAUAUGUGCAACAAUGGUUGAGGCUCGACGACAGUAGAAGCGCGCAGCAGCAUCGAGAUCUGCUCGAAUUGGAAUACGACAGAGCGGAGCUGGAGGACUGGAGCUUCUCUUUGUCUACGGAGGAUCUCGUACAAAACGAAUCGGUAACGUGGAAAGAGCAACCGGCCACUUCGAACACGCCCGCCUUGCCGGCAAUCAAAGAGAACAAUCUUCUGGAACUGGAGGAAGACGCGAACGAGUGUUUGUGGAACGGCGCGAGUUAUCUCGCCGACAGAACGGGAGGAGAGCUGGUUGCACUUUUAAUGGACGCGAGAACAACCGGACCCUGGCCGUACGCCUCGAGCCCAGGCGCUUCUUGGAGCAGCGAGGAGGGCGUUCUGGAAAACUCGAGCAAACGAUCCUCGGCGGCGCUUUCGGGCUGCAGCGACGAUCCCGACACUCCAUCAAUCGGCACCGAUUUUACCAGAGACUUUUACCGGUUGGUGAAGUUCGAAAGUACCAAGAGCUUAGCCAGCACGUCGUCCCGAAGUGGCAGACCACCGCCAGAUCGGGAACAAGCGCUUCAGAGCGUUCUGUCGUUCAUCGCCGAGCAACAGAUGUAUCUCGCGGAAUUACCGAACAAUCCCGUAGACCCGCACAACGUCGUGUCUUACUCGGCCGAAGAAACGGAUGCUAGCAAAGGUGAGUGUGCGGGAGAGACGAAGAUCACGGAGGUGGACGGUUCGGUCGCUCAGGAGAUCGGUGAUGGUGCGAGAAAUACAAUCGAGACGAGCAACAACGACGAGUUACUCGAUCAGAUACAGGUGCCGCCGUUAACAUCCGACGAGAGGAUUGUGAGUGCCGUGUCGUGCAACGGCGGUAUAUCGUACACAACGGUAACACCGUCGGAAUUGGGUGCCGUUCCCGAGGAGGACGAAGAGGCUGCGACCUCAUCCACGCCUAGUACAGUUGUGAGUCCCGCGCGAGCAACGCUUCUCGUGGAGGGAAGAGAUCGAACAUUGAGCUUCCACGAGCGUGCCACGUCCAAGGACGUGAUAGACGAGCUGAAUCGUAUGAUACGCAAAGGCGAAGAGAACGCGAGCGCGAACAACGAAUCGCAGGUAGCGCUGGAGAAAUUGGAUCUCGCUUGCUGCUGUCCGACAGGAUGGGUUCACGUUGAACGUGACAUUGACUUUACCGACCCCAAGGCCAGAGCAAAUCUUUUAGAUGUGAUGCUAGCGAGUAGCGAAAGUUCCUCGGCGACAUCGAGCAGCGGCUCGGCGGGCAGUGACUCGGGGGAUGAACCACCUGAUUACCGCCAUUUGCACAGAUUACACCGUUACCGACGACAAAAGAAAGAUGGUAGCGCCUACGCGGUGUGCUUUGAUUGUCACAAGAAAAGCUACGUAGUUCGGCUUAGUGACGAUCAGUUUCCUUCAUAAGCGACGUGUGACCAAUUUGGAAGGAUAAACGCGCGUCUUCCCGGGGAACUUAUUUCGAAAGCAACUGAACCAUACGCAUAUGUUCUCCCACAAAACGAACUUGAUUUCUACUAACUGAUAUUAACCGGCGGAGAAAACAUUCUCUUGGCUCACACAGUACCUUCAUGCAAUUCCAUCUCUGUUCUCGUUCGCGUGUAUCCGCGCCAACCUGUUUGGCACGCUUACAGCAAACUCGGUCCGAAAACUCUCUCAGACUUUCGAGCGUAAAAAAGAUUGUAGUCGAAGAUUCUAACGCGAGAUAAUCAAAUUGCAAAAAAAUCAAAAACCAAAAAUUUUAGUACACACAACUCUUAUAAAGUAUCAUAAAUCUAUAUACAUAUAUAUAUAUAUAUAUGUGUGUGUGUGUGUGAACGUAUAAUCGAAACUGCAAUUCAAAAUAUACAUAGAUGUAUCGCGUGUAAUGGAAUUGCGUCAUGGUAAAAACAGAGAAUAUAGUUACUUUCUCUCUCAUUAAAGCGAGCAAAGCGACAAGUUUCGAAUUCUAUUGACAUGUGCAGAACAUGUAUGAAUAUCUUCACAAGCCUUCCCUCUCUCUAAAACCGCUUCACAUGCCCGCUUCAUAUGUUCCGUCAUUUAAAUUCGCCGUGUAAUUAUUCAAUUAUACAUAUGUGUAUAUGACAUAUGGAUUUUGGGUCAAUUUUGCAAACUUUGCUUUCUCUCAAAAAAAUAAAUAUUCGCUAUUCUAUCGUUGAAACAAAUUUAUGUAUCCGUGCGUUUGACAAGUAAUUGUGUCGACAGCAAAAAUCGAUAUACGAGCAAUGAGAUGUGUGUGAAAGAGAGAGAGAGAAAGAGACAAAAACGAAAGACAGAGAGACUGAGAGAGAGAGAGA